AGUAGUGAAGUCGAAUAUUACGAAUAUUCAAUUCAUAUAUCAUUGAAAUACGUAUUGAUUAUACUCUACGAAUAUAUUUUAUACAUUGUUAUAUCGUACUAUUUGACAUUUAACUACAAAAAUAUCAUAUUAUUUUUAAAUGUACUUUCAUCAUGCAAGAGCUUGCAUAAAGUAUUCACGUGCUUCUAUUUUUUAAGUGACUCUUCAAGUUCGUUCACAUAUUUCUUGAAAUGUAUGUUACAAAAUACAUCGUGAAAAAUGAAAUAUAUUUUGAUUAAUUGGGAAACAAGAAAGUAAACUAGUAAAAAUGAAUAAUGUUCAAAUAGUUUACGAAUUUAUUCAUAUAUGAAGAUAUGAUUUAUAGAUAGUACAAAUUUUAAUAAUAUUGCACAGUAGUGGAAUUAUUACAUUACUACACCAUGUAUAGGCAUAUUACGUUAUUAGAAAAUAUUAUACUUCAAAAUAAAUAUAAUUUUCAAACACAAUGUGUACAAAGAAUGUUUAUGGCCGAAUCAUUGAAAACAAAAGAAUACGAAGGUCGCAAACUCAUAGGGUUUUCAAUGGAACAAAUAUAUAAUGUUGUAGCUGACGUACAAAAUUAUAAACAUUUUGUCCCAUUUUGUAAAAAAUCCGAUGUUAUAUAUAAAAAGGACGACGUACUCAAAGCUAAUUUAGUAAUAGGAUUCCCGCCUAUAAACGAAAGUUAUACAUCAAAAGUAACGAUGGUAAAACCUCAUUUGGUAAAAGCUGAAUGUACCGAUGGUAGAUUAUUUAACCAUUUAAACACACUGUGGUUGUUUAGUUCAGGGUUAAAAAACAACGCACAAACCUGUGUUAUCGAUUUUUCUUUGUCGUUUGAAUUCAAAUCGAUCAUUCAUUCACACUUAUCGAAUUUAUUCUUUAACGAAAUUGUAAGGCAAAUGGAAAAUGCUUUUUUAGCAGAAGCUGAACGCAGAUAUGGGCGACCUUGUAUAAAAACAGUACGAUUAGAAAGAUAACAAAUGGCUUUAUCGAUUAAUUAUGAACAAUGUAUAUUUUGUGUAUAAAUAAAAAAGUGUCUAAAUUA